UGUUGAGUUUGAGUAAUUAGAAACAGUGCGAUAAAUAUAGAUAAAUAGAUAUAAUUAUUGAUUUAAAUUAAGGGUGUUUCGACUAUUUUUCAGGGCCCUGAAAAAUACAAACGACUAGUAUCCUAUAACUUCAAUAAAUAGAUAUAUAUAUAACAGUUGUGUUCACCCAAAGAUAUUACAUUUUGAAUUCACCCAACUCUCCUUGGACAUAAAAAAUUAUGGAUUCCCUUAGUAUGUCGAGAAGCAUGUCAGAACAGUCAGAAGAACUACUCAAUACAUCCAGAUUGGGCAAUUGCGAUGUAUGCAACACAUCUAGAGCCAAGUAUGUAUGCCCCCGUUGCGAAUGCAAAACUUGCUGUCUAGAAUGUAACAAAAUCCAUAAAAAAGAAUUGGAAUGCACAGGAGAAAGAGAUAAGACGAAAUACGUGCCUCUGAAGAAUGAAAACAGAAACACAAAUCUGGUUCUGUUAAGUGACUAUCGGUUAUUGGAAGAAGUCACCAGAAAAACAGAAAACUUCCACAAAGCUGCAAAGCCCUACUAUUAUAGAUCACGAAAUAAAUUGAAAAAAUUGGAACUUGCAGCAAUGGCUAGGAGCAUAAAAUUGAAAUUUUACCCGCCUGUGUUUGAGCGAAAUAAAAACAAUACGACAUCAUUUGACUAUAAGCAAAAUUUGAUAUAUUGGCAUAUGGAUUGUUUUUUUGUCAAUGCAGAAAACUUGAAAUUUUCCAGUGAGCAAGUAUCUGAAAUGGAAAAAUUGUCGUCUGUUAUUGAGAAACAUUUAUCAACAAAUGAUGAAGCCCUUUCGAAAAAGUUAUUGAUUUAUCAAGCAGCUGGGCAUUCUGGAAUUAAAAUUUUACUCAGAGCUGAAAAUAAAGCUGGAUCCAAAUUUUAUGAGGUGAAUCUUAGCGACACUUUGAGGGAAUGCCUUAAAAACAAAUCAAUCAUCGAAUAUCCAAUAUUUUAUAUUAUUUUAGCGGAUCAUAAAUAUGGAUUCGAUGUAAUUGAUUCAGAAGGUGAUGAAACAGUAGGAAAUUCAAACUCUAACCGAGCUCCAAACCUUUGUCAAACAACAUCACACCACUGGCUUGGUCUGGGCUAAAAAGGGAUCUGCCCCACCACCACCACCACCUGGAUGUCCGCCGCCACCACCUCCA